UCCACCGCGGCCGCGCCGCUAAUCUCGCGAGAACUCGAGCGGCACGGCCGGGCUGAGGCGGAAGCGCCGCUUUGCCGUCAUUGCCGCCUCCCUUCGGCCUCUGCCCACGGCACCGGCACCGGCACCGGCACCGGAACCGGGCCCGGCCCGCGGCGCCGCGGCUCCGCCAUGGAGGCGAACGCAGCCAAGCGGAAGGAGCCGCGCAAGGCGCUACGGGUUAAAGUCAUCUCCAUGGGCAACGCCGAGGUGGGCAAGAGCUGCAUCAUCAAGCGGUACUGCGAGAAGAGGUUCGUGCCCAAGUACCUGGCGACCAUCGGCAUCGACUACGGGGUCACCAAGGUGCAGAUCCGGGAUCGGGAGAUCAAGGUGAACAUCUUCGACAUGGCCGGACACCCCUUCUUCUACGAGGUGCGGAACGAGUUCUACAAGGACACCCAGGGGGUGCUGCUGGUUUACGACGUGGGAUCCAAGGAAUCCUUCGAUUCCCUGGAUUCCUGGCUGGCCGAGAUGCGCCAGGAGCUGGGGCCCCACGCCAGCCUGGACAACGUCGUCGUCGUCGUCUGCGCCAACAAGGUGGAGGCGGGCCGGGCGCGGGCGGUGGACGAGAGCGAGGGGCGGCUCUGGGCCGAGAGCCGCGGGUUCCUCUACUGCGAAACCUCGGCCCAGAGCGGGGAGGGCAUCCAGGAGAUGUUCCAGACUUUCUACUCGGCGCUGCUGGAGCUGUGCGAGAACGGCGGGAAGCGUCCGGCGGGCGGGGCCGGGAUCGGCUUCACGCGGGAACAGGCGGACGCCAUCCGCAGGAUCCGCAGCAGCAAGGACAGCUGGGACACGCUGGGGCUCAAACCCGGAGCCACCAGGGAGGAGGUGAGCAAGGCCUAUCGGCGCCUGGCCGUGCUCCUGCACCCCGACAAGUGCCCGGCCCCCGGCAGCGAGGACGCCUUCAAGGCCCUGGGCAGCGCCCGCGCCGCGCUCCUCAAAAACAUUCCCUAAAAAUUCCCGGGAAAAACCCCAAAAUUCCCGGUUUUUUCCUGAUUUUUCCUGAUUUUUUCACGAUUUUUUCUGAU